UUGUAGAUGCGCACCUAGAGGGGCACUGCGACCCUAGCCACCUGCCUCUGCACCCACCUGCCUCUGCACCCACCCACCGCGGUCCUCUGCACCCACCGCCGCCGCACCCACACUGCUCGGAGUAGGAAAAGGACUGGCUUCAGCCGCAGCUUCUGGCCUCCUCGGAGUUGCGCAAAAGUAGGGACCCAGGGCUCAGAGCAGCUGGACAUGGGCACUGAGAAAGAAAUCCCGGAGCCGGACUGCCAGAAACAGUUCCAGGCCGCAGUCAGAGUCAUUCAGAACCUGCCCAAGAACAACAGUUAUUACCGGCCCUCCUAUGAAGAGAUGCUUCGGUUCUACAGCUACUACAAGCAGGCGACCAUGGGGCCCUGCCGGGCUCCCCGGCCUGGGUUCUGGGACCCCAUUGGACGAUAUAAGUGGGAUGCCUGGAACAGCCUGGGCAAGAUGAGUAGGGAGGAGGCCAUGUUUGCCUACAUCACCGAGAUGAAGGUGGUGGCAAAGAAGGUGAUCGACACCGUGCCCCUGGGCGAGGUGGCGGACGACAUGUUUGGUUACUUUGAGCCUCUGUACCAGGUGAUCCCUGACAUGCCGAGACCCCCGGCAACCUUCCUGCAAAAGGUCACAGGUCUUGAAGAGCAGGUACUGAAUGGAGAUACUGGGGCUGCCCCCGAGUCUCCCUGCCUUCCCAAGGAGCCAGCAGCCCCAAGCCCAGGUGCCUCCGCCCAGCUCUGCACUCCUCCCUCCCUCCAUAGCCUUCCUCUGGUCACUAACCUACCUACACCCUCCCCAGAGUCUCAGCCACCCAGGGACCCGGACCCUGAGAUUUUCUGUGAUUCCCUGGAGCAGCUGGAGCCCGAGCUGCAGGUCUGGGCAGAGCAGAAGGGCGCACCUGGAGGAGAGCCUGACACCAGAAUCAGCCCUGUGCCCCCAACGGGGAAAGAGGGGCUCAGAGGCAGCCUGCCGGGGCCGCAGGAAUUGGACUCGUGGCUGGUGGGGACAGUUCGAGCACUGCAGGAGAGCAUGCGGGACGUCCAGGGGAGACUGCAAAGCCUGGAGAGCAUGCCACCCCCCCGCAAGGAGCAGAGGCCCCCAUCCCGCGAUCGGCCCUGGCCUCUCAGGCUCUCAGGCCCUACGCUGCUCUUCUUCCUCCUGUGGCCCUUCAUUGUCCAGUGGCUCGUCAGGCAGUUCCGGACCCUGAAGAGGUGAUUCUCCAUGGAGGAGUCUGCAGCCAACGGAGGAGGCCGUGUGCCCCCAGUCCUGCUGUGCCUGGAGCCUUCCUAGGGUUUGAGAGAAGAGCAUUAACCCCACCCACCACCACUAACAACCAGUGUUUGCCUUGGCACCCCUCCCCUAAGGGGGAGCACGGCAAGUGGACCCCGGCUUUCCCAGCAGCUUCACGAGGAUGCUCCCUCCACCUCCCACCCCUCCAGCCACCCCCGUUUCCUUGGGAGGUUGCGGUUGCAGUGCCCGUCCCGCGUUUUGGGUUGGCCGGUGGCUCGGGGGCGGGGCUGCUUCUGCCCUCCCCGGCCCCUGGGUCACCUGACUUCUCCCACCCAGCCGCUCCCCGCGGAGCUCAGCUGCCGGGCAGGUUGGGACUUGGGCCGGGCCGGGGAUUGGCUGGCAGGAGGCUUCGGGAGGGAGGCCCCGCCGAGUUAGGGGCAGGCAGAGAGCAGCCCCCCGGGAGGGGCGAGAGCUCCGUUUGCGGGCCUUCCUCUCCCCACGCACACUCAGGACGUCUUCACCGAAGAUCCACUUACAGAUGAAUGUCUCACUAAAUAAAAUAAUCUUUUGCCAUCUA